CUUGUGAUUAUUGUGAAUAAAUAAAAGAAAUGGAAAACACUAACACUCUUCAGGAGGAAACACAAGAUAAUUCUGUAGUUUCCAACGAACAUGAAGCAUCCAAGUCUCAAAUAGUACUCGCCACUGAUGACAUGAACAUCCAAAAGGCAGGAGAGAUCAUUAGAAACGGAGGAUUAGUCUCCUUUCCAACAGAGACAGUCUAUGGAUUAGGAGCAAAUGCAUUCGACAAAGAUGCUGCUAUCUCUAUUUUCACUGCAAAGGAGAGACCAAUGACUGACCCUCUUAUUUGCCAUAUUUACCAGAAAGAAGACGCAACGGAGUUAAUGGAUGAAGAUGACCAAGUUAAAGAGAUAUUCGGACUUUUAGCAGAUAGAUUUUGGCCAGGCCCUCUUACUAUGGUCGUAAAGGCUAAUAAAGAGGUUAUUUCUCCAGUAAUUACAGCUGAUACAGGGUAUGUUGGGAUCAGAUGUCCUAAUCACCCUGUUGCUUUGAGCUUUAUUAAGGAAGCAGGAAGACCAAUAGCGGCCCCUUCUGCUAAUAAAUUUGGCCAUGUUAGUCCCACUAAAGCAGAGCAUGUUUACAAGGACUUAAAAGAUAACAAUGUUUACAUUAUUGAUGGAGGCUCUUGUAAUUAUGGAAUUGAAUCCACUGUUGUAAAAAUUUACCAUGAAGAAGAUUCUACAUCAGAGAAUCCUCAUAUUAAAUUACUCAUUCUUAGGAGAGGAGGAGUAUGCGAAACAGAGCUAAAUGCCUUUAUUUCCGAGUUCAAGACUAGUAACAAAACCAUGAAAAUUACUACUGAAUGCGUUGAAAAGAAACAUUUUACAGAAGAAUCUCAUAAAAUGGAAGCUCCUGGCCAGUUCUUAAGACAUUAUGCACCUGAUUUACCAUCUUAUAUGCUCGCUGGUCAGAGACUUGAUGGUAGCGAAGAGUCUCAGCUCCCUCUAGAGAUUAGCAAGUGUGUUUUCCUAGAUUUCAACAAAGAAAAUAUCGAUCUUAAAUCAAAAGUUCUUCUCUAUCUAGAUUUAUCAGAACAUGGAGACUAUAUUGAAGCAAUUUCUAGAGUCUAUGAUUAUCUUAGAAUCUCUGAGACACAAAAAGAAGGAGAGAUGGUGAUAAUCGCUGAUCUAAUGAACCCAUCUUCCACUCUUGAUGAAGGAUCUUCCCAUAAAGAGCACUCUUCUGCCUUGGCGGAUAGACUUUUCAGAGCUGUCUCUGGAAACUCGAUCAUUGUUAAUGAAGACUUCACUCAGUUUGUGAAGUCAUCUACCACCUAAUUUUAAGAAAUAAAUUGCCUAAA